AUGUAUGAUGAGAUUAAGUUGAAGGUAGAGUUUGAAGGAAAGAACCUAGAGGUUAAACAAGGGGAAACGCCAUAUGACAUUCUCUGUAACCAUUGCAAAGACAGAAAGGACGUCAUAUCCUGUAAAAUAGACGGGGUUUACUCUGACAUGUCAACAGAGAUACUAAAGGAUUGCAAGUUAGAGUUCCUAACGUUUGAAGAUGACGGUGCCAGAGAAAUCUUUUGGCACUCUUCUGCACAUAUACUAGGAAAUGCCCUUGUGAAUCUUUAUCCCGACGCAAAGCUAGUGCAUGGGCCACCUGUUGAGGAAGGAUUUUUCUACGAUGUUGACAUAAAAGAGCCUAUUUCGUCUGGAGAUUAUAAAAAGAUUGAAAUGGAGAUGACAAGGAUCAUGAAGAAGAACUAUAAGUUUGAGAAAGUAAUUAAGAGCAAAGAGGAACUCCUUGAUGCCUACAAAGAUAAUCCUUGCAAAACGCAUUUCAUUAUGAAAGGAGUUGACAAGGAAAGCUCUGUGUACAAAAACGGAGACUUCUUUGACAUGUGCUUGGGGCCCCAUAUCAGAUCGACAGGUGUUGUCAAGGCUGUAAAGGUUCUUAAGAAUAGCUCGGCCUAUUUCCUCAACGACCCAAGCCUGAAGUCUCUUCAGAGGAUUUAUGCUAUCACGUUUCCCUCUAAGGACAUGCUGGAAGAGUAUUUGAAGAAGAAAGAGGAGGCAAAAGAAAGAGACCACAGGAAGAUAGGGACCGAGCUCGAUCUUUUUUUCUUUUCGAAAUAUUCUCCAGGGUCGUGCUUCUUUUUGCCCAACGGAGCCAUCAUGUAUAACACGUUGAUUGAGUUUCUGAGGGAGGAAUAUAGGAAAAGGGGGUUCAAAGAGGUUAUAACGCCAAAUAUUUUCUGCACAAAGCUUUGGGAGGAAAGCGGGCAUCUUCAGAACUAUAAGGAAAACAUGUUCAUGAUUGAAGGGGACGACUUUGCAUUGAAACCCAUGAACUGUCCUGGGCAUUGUGUGAUGUUCAAGCACCAGGACCACAGUUUUAGAGACCUUCCUCUAAGGUUUGCAGACUUCGGUGUCUUGCACAGAAAUGAGCUUAGUGGAACUCUUACAGGAUUAACAAGGGUAAGGCGAUUUCAGCAGGACGAUGCACACAUAUUCUGCACCAGGGAUCAGGUCAAAAGUGAAAUCAAAGGGUGUCUUGAGUUCUUGAGUUUCGUCUACGGGGUCUUUGGAUUCAAAUUUGAGCUUGUACUAAGCACAAGGCCAGAAAAGUACUUGGGGUCUAUUGAAGAGUGGGACAGAGCAGAAAGGGCUCUUGCCGAGGCUAUGGAUGAAAGUGGAAUGGUGUUUAAGAUUAAUGAAGGGGACGGUGCAUUCUAUGGCCCCAAGAUCGAUAUCACGCUCCACGACGCUCUGGACAGACGAAUACAGUGCGCAACGAUUCAGCUAGACUUCCAGCUUCCUCAAAGAUUUGAGCUCAAGUACCGUGACAGUGAUGGGCAAUGCAGGACCCCCGUUAUAAUACAUCGUGCGAUCCUCGGGAGCAUCGAAAGAAUGAUUGCCAUUAUUCUUGAAAGCUUUGGAAAGAGGUUACCGUUUUGGAUAUCGCCAAGACAGAUAGCGAUCGUAAACAUGGGAAAUCUUGACUACGUUGAGAAAAUAAGGUCUGUGCUUGGUAGAUUCAGAGUUGAUGUGAUUGACGAUGGCAAUACAUUGAACAAGAGGAUAAGAACUGCUGAAACAAGCGGAUAUUCUCUUGUAUGUGUAGUUGGAGAGAAGGAAGCAAGGGCAAACGAGGUAAAUGUAAGGCUCUGUAAGGUCGAAAAAUCUUCCAAGUCUACCAAGAACAUCGGUCUCUAUGAACUCAAAAACAUUUUGGAUAGGAUGGCCGAUGAGAGAGUCGAGCUUGAAGAUGUCCUGCUCAUUGAUAGGAUCUCUAUCAGCAACUAA